UUUUUGUUUUGUUUGUUUGUUUGUUUUUAAAAUCAAAUAGUCCAUAUGGCUCUUGUAUAUAAUGUGACAACAUUCAAUCAUGACGAAUCCAUAGUUAUCGGAAUAUUCAAACUAUGUGACAAGAUAUAAUAAUAUGUUAUAUGCUGAAAGAUAUGAUUUUACACAAUAACAUGAAAAGCUUCGUAUAAUCAGAAAUGUGAAAAUUAUAGUCAAUGCACGCCUACAAGAUCCUCAAUUUCAAACCGCUCCUACAAUUCUCAAAUAAAAAUGUACGUAUACUAUGAGAAUGGACCUGCGGGAUUGUUUCGUGAACUUUUCUAUGAUAUACCUUAGAAAAGGGUUAGGAAAACCCUAAGAUCAAAUUAGGACAUAUCCUAGGACGUAGCUCGAUUGACUCAUCGUCGGAAACCCACGGACGGUCGCACCCGUUAACCUAGGUUGGUCGCACUCCUUUUACCUAGGUUGGUCGUACUCCUUUUACCUAGGUUGGUCGCACUCCUUUUACCUAGGUAAAGGGAAUGCGACCGAUCGUGGGUUUCCGACUAUGAGCUCGACUGUGUCUCGGGAAUAUCUUAAGAGUUAAGACAUUAUAUACACUGUACAUUCUUACUUCUUUACAUUUAUUAAUGCAUAUAAGUUGUGUGACAUAUUCGUAGCUAUACGAUUAAAAUAUAUAUGUAGAUAUGUUCUUAUUAUAGAUAAAAUAUCUAAUACAUGACAAAAACUAAAAGGUUGUCAGUUUUUCUAGAUCUACUACUUCACCUGAAAUGAAAAAUUGUGGACCUCGAACCCAGGCAUGGAUGUAUGCAAUGGUAUAUUCCGUUUUACCCCGAAGACAAUGCUAAACAACAAAGACGUGUAACUUCCAAUGCCACAGUUAGUUUGAACCUUGACUUACUCAUGUCAAGGUGACUAUUUAAAAAAUAAGUUAAAUGACUUUCCCUUCUAGCCCCACACAAGUCAACCCUGUUAUUGCGUCACCAUGAACUUGAUAGUUAAGACGAAUAUUUGUGGCGAGGCCUUAGAUUUAGGAAAGUUUCAAGAAACCGACUUAGGACCAAGAUGUGUCAGUCUUUUAAAGACGUACUUGGGACAUUCCAGCUUCGUGAACACUCUUCCUGGAAUAGUUUACCCCCCCCCCCUUUUUUUUUGCAUACAUGUACAUCAUAUGGUUUUCAUCCACAGGAGUAAAAGGGGUAACUUAAUUAUUAUAUGUCUGUUAAUAUGCAUAUAAGUUGUGUCAUAAUGUCAUAGCAUUAUGUCAUAAGUAUUCUUUGUUUUUUAUUUAUAAUAUGAAAAAGGUGCAUGGGCAGUUACAGUAUCCUGGAUAGCUGUAAUUACAUAACUAGCUAUCGGAGGGGGUAUACUUCCGGGUAUACAUAUGUUUGUACAUGUAUCCCAUUUCCCCCCAGAACCAUAGCUGUGCAUAUAUAUUAUAUAUAUAUAUAUAUAUAUAUAUAUAUAUAUAUAUAUAUAUAUAUGUAUAUAUAUAUAUAUACAUGUAUAUUGUUCAAACCAAUAUGUUUAUACAUAUGCACCCAUUACCCAUUGUAAACAUGACAUGUUGACUUACUACCAAUGUACCGUCCCAUGGUAUCUUUUGCAUUACAGUCAUAUGUACUUGUACUACGUGUCUUUUACUAUUAUUAUGUCUCAUUGCAUAUAUUGUUAUUAUUUUCUUCCUGUGUGCAUUUCUGACUGUUUUGCAUUAGGGUACACGGUGGUACUUACAUGUAUUGCAUAUGUCUCAUGUUAUGUACAUUUUCUAAGCCCAUACUACUAGUAUUACUGUAUAUUAUGUGUAAACUAUAUGAAACCAAUAUUUGCACAUAUGCACUCAUUAUAAACAUGACAUGUUGACCUAGUACCAAGGCACCGUCCCGUGGUAUCUUUUGCAUUACAGUGGAGUUAAUCAUAUGUACUUAUACUACCUUUACUAUUAUUACAUGUAGUAUUGUUAUGUACAUGUAUAUAAUUUUUUUCCCUGUGUGUAUUUUUUACUGUUUUGCAUUAGGAUACACGGUGGUACUUGCAUGUAAUACAUUAAGUAUUAUCAUGUUCAAAAUGUCUCAUACUAAUAGCUAGUGCAUAUUUUGCUCCUUUUUUUGUUCUUUUCAUUUUAUUAUCAUUUUUAUAAACAUUGCAUAGAUAGAUAUAUAUAUAUAUAUAUACCGAACCAAUGCAGCGUCAUCCCUACUCCUAGGAUCGCAGUGUGUAUUUGUAAGCAUACUCAGUCAACAACCAAGGAAAGGGGAAGAAGGUAGAGAAAAAAGAGGAAGAGGAAUUAAGGGAAGGACAAGAGAGGAGGGGGAGAUAGGAAAGGGUAGAACGAUCGAGGCAUGGGGAGAAAAGGAGGGAGAAAGAAGGAUCGAGAUAGGGUGGGAGAAGGGGAAGACUUCCAUAUUCUUGUAAUAUACUGCCUCUUAAAUUUAGAUGUCAAUUUGUGUAUUUUCAAUAUAAAUGGGAAAUUCACUUUCAAAUUCAUUUAGGGAGUAGAAAACUCAACCCGCGUUAGGGAUUGAGAGAAUUUUGAUCCGCCCAAUACAAAAUCAUUCAGGACGCGAAAUUACUCAUACCAGUUAUGACUCCGUGGAAGGUUGUCUGUGUCAUUCUUUUCCUAUCUAAUUUUUUAUGUCUCCUGACUGAUUUCUUGUUUCGUUUACCUUACAAGCACGAACAAAACAUAUCUAUAAUCUUAAUUCCUUAUAUGUACACUACUUCCGAUCAAGUGGGCGUUCCCCACUCAUUUUUGUAUAUUCGGAACUUUUCUAAACAACUAGUUCUCAGCCCUUGUAAAGACUAAUGGUGAAGUUUUAAGCACCAGCUAAACCGUUCGGAACUGCACGUGCCGUGUGCAAAACUUCUGUGAUUGGGAAGUUAUUUGGGGGUACGAAAAAGUGUUUACAUGCAUGCCUGACACCUUAAACUGAAUCGGAUUUUUUAAAGCAUGGCUUCUGUUUUAACUUUAGAGGCUAAAUUAGAAAGGGUUGAUCCCACAACACCAUGGGGAUUUCGUAUGCAAGGAGGAAAAGAAUUCGGCAUUCCGCUGACAAUUCUAAAGGUAAAUCAAGGAAGUCUUGCAGCCAAGUGUGGACUUCAACAAGGGGAUGUUAUCCUAAAAAUUGGUAACCAAGAGACCACAAAUCAAAAACACAAAGAAGCCCAGGAUUUGAUCAUUGGGUCUGGCAACAAAUUAGAUCUUCUGCUUCAGAGAAUUCGUGAAAAAAAGUCUAACACUAAUCGAGGUGCCCCUGCUCCUCAGCACUCCUAUGAGAAGUUUGCUACCCCUACCUACAACUCGUACCCGAGUCCAUCUGGUGCUCCUCAACCAGGCUCCCAGAACUACAAUACAGCAGCGAAACCGUUUGGAUCUCCUGCAGCCCGGCCUGAUGUCGACUCAGUCACACAGCAAACUAGUCAAAUCUCUUUCUCCCCGAAACCGGCAGUGGUGCCAGCACCCCCUCCCCCACCCCCACCCUCCCAGGGGCCAGGCUUUUACCCUGCUGCACAGAAGUAUACUGAGAGUGAGGAGAAACCGACAUCGUCUCAGCUCCAGUCACGGUCCUUCAAGUUUCUGCAAGGCAUCAUGGAUAGUGGUCAAGAUCCACCCUCUGCCUUGCGGCCCUCACCUGGACAAGUGGUCCGAAGCGUCUCCCCAAACACCACACAAAACAACUUUAACUCCAAACCUCGUCAGUUCAAUACCCCACAAGGACUUUAUUCAGAGGAAAGUACCGAUAGUUCAUUGAAACUUGCAAGGUCAGGAAAUGAAGAACAAGAGGAGGGAGAGAGAAAUGUGGAUGGUCAGGGAAAAGUUGUGUAUCGUCCAUCGGAAACAUUCAAAAUGGUGCAUGAACAAGAUACUCCUACUGUAGCCAAGCAGGAGGAUGAUUAUAAACCCACUCAUUCCAGAACAUUUAAAAUGCUCCAAGAGAAGUUGGGAGCUGGGGAUCAGCCCUCAACACCCAAGGCACCACCAGCACCAGCGCCAUCUUCAGCUCCCAAGCCAGGAGUAUGGACUCCUCCAAGUGCUCCAACUGCCAAACCUUUCACCCCUACAGUGCAGCCUCCGGCCCCUGCUGCCCCAGGGGGGCCUAAAAUGGGACCUCCUAGAAACCCCACUGGAGUCAACGCUGUGAGAGUCAAGAAAGGUGAAGCUACAAUCUUCAAGAGUGGGGAGACUGCCCCUGGGAUCUCCAGGAUACCAGUGUGUGCUUCCUGUAACAUUUCUAUCAGAGGCCCAUUUGUGGUUGCUAUGGGCAAGACAUGGUGCCCUGACCACUUUGUGUGUCAGAACCCUAAAUGUGGACAAAAACUGCUGGACAUCGGUUUUGUGGAGGAAGGAGGCUUCUUGUACUGUGAAAAGGAUUAUGAGCAGUACUUUGCCCCGACUUGCACCAAGUGUGGAAAACCCAUUGUGGGGGAAUGUGUAAAUGCUCUGCAGAAGACCUACCAUCCAAACUGUUUCCUCUGUUACCAGUGUAAACAGCCAAUCGGUGGAAACCAGUUCCACUUGGAGGAUGGCAAUCCAUACUGUGAAAAUGACUGGAGGCAGAUGUUCCAAACCAUGUGCAAAGGAUGUGACUUCCCUAUUGAACCUGGGGACCACUGGGUAGAGGCCAUGGGCAACAACUUCCACUCAGAGUGUUUCAACUGCUCUACCUGUGGAAUCAACUUGGAAGGUCAGCCUUUCUAUGCCAAGGGAGGCAAACCAUACUGCAAGAAACACACCCGAUAAAGUCCACUCCUGAUAAACUUAGAUCCCUCCAUCCAUGAUCACUGGACUGGAACCACCUCUUCCUGUGCAUGGUGUUCAGCAGAGAUGUGAUAUGUGAAAUUUCGGAAAUAGUAAAUAUUCAAUCAUGAUUUCUGUGCCAAAACUGUGUUGAUGACCGUGGAUAUUUUUAUCAUAUAUAUAUACAGUGCAAAACUUAAUGUAAAUCACUUGUUUGAAAAAAAGAAUAUUUGCUAAGUAUUACAGUACGCUGUAGAAUUAAGCAUAUUAUAACAUUGAGGGUCAAAAUAGCCAGUUGUUUAGCUAGUCCAUUGAUAUUAUUUAACAUGGUGAUGCCAUGAUGGAUUCUAUUUAUAGUUUUUGGGCCACAGGGUGCAACCUUUUCGGCAAUGAAUCUCACUUUAAAAAGUAUUAACAUAAGAUAAGUCAUAUUUUAAUCUUUGAUUAUUCUUUAGAUAUGCUGUACGUAUGUAGAGAAUGUAUACUAAUAUUUAAUAAUGUUCGAAGCAAGCAUUUAGAGUUAUUAGUAUUCGAAACAUAAAUUAAAUUCUCAGCAUUAUAUCAUUACAAAUUUCACAGUAAUGUGCCUUGCAUUCAUAUGAAUAUACAUAUAAAUAUAAUGUUAUCAAGCAAGAUGCUAAAGCUAUAUUGCCAAAAUCUGCACCAAAAAAAAAGAAGAAAAAUAUACAAUGUUCUGUUGGUCAUGCAAGUUAAUGUUAUUGUCUUCGACAUUUUUGUGAGCCAACAUCAAUCAAUAUGCUAAAUCAUUUGCUUAUACAUGGAGAUCUGUCCAAACUGGACAUGCUUGGUAUUAAAAUCUUUCUUCGUUUAGACAGCAUAAAAAAUACAGUACUUACGUAUGUAUACAUGUACACUUUUCAGGUUACAAGAUAUGCAGUUUACACUGUACGUGAAUUAGGCAGUUUACACUGUAUGUGAAUUAUGCAGUUUAGGCAGUUUACACUGUAUGUGAAUUAUGCAGUUUAGGCAGUUUACACUGUAUGUGAAUUUCUAUAGAAUAACCUGUUUACUUGCUUUUAGAAUGCCCAUUGUUUGUUUUCCAGUCACUACAUAGGUAUGUUUAUUUGAAUGAAUUGAAUUAUAAAUAAUUACAUAUUGGAGUAAGCAAUGCUAGAGUAUAAAUGUCAGUCAUUUGCUUUAAGCUGUAUUGUUAAUGAGGUAGGAAUGUUUUAAUAAUGGAUUAAUAAAAUGUUAUUUAUCCA